AUGGUUCCCGAUGGCUGGACGACUUGUCCUUAUAGUCUUAUUGAAGAGAUUACAAACGGCUUUAGUGAAGAAAACUACAUCGGCAGUUUCCAAUUCGGCAAAGUCUACCGAGGAGAUUAUGAGGGAAAGAAGGUCACGGUGAAGAUAUCGGAGGACAAAUCUCUGAAUUAUCCGGUCAGACCAGGGGCAGUUGCAUGCAGCUUCCGGGAAGAAUCUUAUAUGCACAAGUGGUUGACUGAAUCGGGACUGCAUGAUCGUCACCCAAACAUAGUCAAGUGCCUUUGUCACACUUAUUUGGAAGGAUAUUCCGCUCGUGUUUACGACCUGAAUCCUCUGGACACGCUCCACAAUCUUGUCACCAAAGGUGGAGCAAUUGGCAAAAUCAAGCACCAGAGGAUCAGAGCUGCUUUAGGACUCGCUAACUUUCUUGCGUUCCUUCAUUCUUUUGACCUACCUUUGCUGGCUCGUAAUUUGGAUGCUGCCCAUGUAAUGAUUGACCAGGAUUACAAUGCAGUGUUAUAUGACUUCAGCAUGCUUUCAGGUGGAUAUUUCACCGAUAGGUCAUUCCUCAUAGAUGAAGAUUCUAAAGGCUGUCAUGGAUACAUGGAUCCAAAUUUUGAUAAUCAUGGCAAAUGGUCUCACAAAUCUGAUGUCUUUGCGUAUGGAGUUGUAUUGUUGGGUCUGAUCUGCAAAAGAGUCUGUACAGAGGAGGACAGAUUAAGUCCUGCUCCUGCGCCUUGUGUUUAUGAAUGGGCCGAAAAUGAGUACAAGCGGUCAAAGCGAGCCAAGGGCUCUAGAUCGUCUCUUGUGGAUGAUAGCCUCAAAGAAAAUCUGUUGUUCAACAUGAUAAAGAGGCUGUGGUUUUGA